UUAUCCAAUGCGUGCAUGCAAAUUGUUUUACACACAACUGCUAAGGGUAACUAUAGUCCCAUUAAAUUGAUAAAUAAAAUUAAAACGUUAGCAUUAAAUAUACCGUGGCUUUUCAUUAUGCACACAACACAUCUGUUUGACUAAUGUUAGUCUCAUGGAAACACCUGUUAAGUGUAACGAUGAUUUUAAAUUCUAUUUUGAGAACACACACUCAGCAAAAGUCAACGGAUUUAACUUGUCUAAAUAGUUGACAAUGUUGAUAAAGAUGAUUUACCCAUCAUGGGUUGUGCAUGUGUUCCUGGGUCUAAUUUCAUGUUGGUAUGGUUAAUCCAGGAGUCCCGCUCUGCGUCUAGGAGUGUUAGCCCCAGGCGCUCUGGUAAAUCUGCCAGCCGCUCGCCAGCACACUCCCCUGCCCACUCGAAGGAGGACUCCCGCCACUCCCGCUCGAAAUCCCGCUCUCGCUCCAGGUCGAGGUCUAGGUCUCGUUCUCACCGGAGCUCCCGCCGGUACUACAGCAGGUCUCGUUCUGGCUCUCGCUCUCGCCGCCGCCGCUCACGCUCCGGGAGCCGGGAGUAUGGCCGCCGCCGCAGCCACAGCCGCUCGCCCAUGUCCAACCGCCGGCGCCACAUCGGGAACCGGGCCAACCCCGACCCCAACAACUGCCUCGGCGUGUUCGGCCUGAGUCUCUACACUACGGAGCGGGACCUGCGCGAGGUGUUCUCAAAGUACGGCCCGCUGGCCGACGUGAGCAUUGUCUACGACCAGCAGUCGCGCCGCUCCAGGGGUUUCGCCUUCGUCUACUUUGAGGCCAAUGAAGAUUCCAGAGAGGCAAAGGAGCGUGCAAAUGGAAUGGAAUUGGAUGGUCGCAGGAUCAGGGUUGACUACUCCAUCACAAAAAGACCUCACACCCCAACCCCCGGGAUAUACAUGGGAAGGCCCACAUAUGGCGCCCCCAGCAUGUCCUCGUCUUCGCGAUCGUCACGAUCUUCACGCGAGUACGACCGCGGGUACGAACGUGGGUACGAACGAGAGGAACGAAGAGGAGGAGGAUAUGAUCGUUAUGACGAUAGAGAGAGAGAAUACAGAGACUACAGAUCUUACAGUAGACGGAAGUCCCCAUCUCCUUAUUACGGCCGAGGGGCUUACAGAUCCCGCUCUCGCUCGCGUUCUUACUCUCCCCGUCAUUACUGAAAGAAAGGAUAAUGUGGUGAUGGUUGCUUUACCCAGAAAGGAUCAGUGGUGGUCUGUGACUUUUGGUGUUAGGUUUCAUUCUUUAACUUUAUGCUAUCGUUUUAUGUAUCAGAGUAUGCGCAUGUAGUUCCAAUCGUGACAUCAGAACUGAAUUGCUGAAUUUUUGCACUCAUGUCUCAUGGAACUGGUUUCCCUUUGUAAUGUAAGGCUUCUGUGAAGGUGUAGAGAGCACACAACCUACAGCUCUCCCGUUUGUAAUGUGUAUAUAUAUUUCAUGUAGCCUGUAUUCACAGAAUAAACUGCGUCUUUACACGUUUUA